CUAAUUCUUCAUAUUAAUUCUUAUAAUAUUUUCUAAACUAUAGUAAAAUAGUUUAGAAAAUAUGCAAAAAAUUUUAUUUAAUUACAAAAAAAUUAUUCUACUUUAUUUUAAUUUAUUUAUAAAACAUCUGGGAAGAAAACACGAAGGAACCAUGCACGUUCUAUUUCGUCCUGCGUAAGGAUAAUACUGUACGAGAACGAUUCUUUCGCACGCGUCUCGCUAAAGUCUCGAUUCAAGACUUUUCGAUUCGCACAAAAGGAAUCGAAAUAUCCAUAUAUUAUUUCUUGGCGAGCUGAACCAGUGCUCAAUGCGAUGCUGUUGGUCUGAAGUCGAUAAUAAAGAAAAGCUAACGAACCACGAUUCUCUUUACCUGUACCGUCUGUACCUAUAGGCCUGUAAACGUACGUGUAUAUGCGGAGUAUAAGGGAUUAAUAAAAAAGAAAAGCUAAAGCAGCAAAACAAGGAUACACACUUUUUAUAUGCAUGAUUUAUAAAUUUUAAUUUUUAAUAUUAAAGGAGAUAUAUAUCACAUGUUGUAUGUGUGAAUGAAUGAUUGGUUAUUUAAAUUGAUGUUUUAAAAUAUCAAACCUGGGCUUUUCUCAUUUUUCUGCGUCUAUUUCCCUACCUUUGUAGCAUUUUCAAGUUUUGCCUUUCUAUUAUGAUAAAUUACAUAUUUCUUUAAUUCAUCUACAAACGAUUACUUGGCUAAUAAAACUUCAAAACUCUAGUUUUUAAAUAAACAAACGAUAUAAAAUUUUACAUUUUUGAAAUAUUUUGUAUAAAUAUGAAUAAAUUAAAUAUGUAUAAAAUGAAUAAAAGGACAAAAUAUUUUUAGAAAUAUAAAAUCUUGGACAUGAAUGUACAAUAAAUACAAAAAUAUUAAGUGUAAUACAUUCGAAUAUUUGAGUUAGAGAUUUGAAAGGGUAAGUGCCCUUAUAAAAAAAGAACCUAAAAUACAAUUAAUAUUACUUAAGGCCAUUGCAUGUACAUUUCUGUAACCGUAAUCGUAAGAAAUUGAGCAAUACGAUUGGUUAAUUCGAUCGGUUACAGCUGAAUUGGGCAAUAUGAUUUGUCGAAAUCUUACGGUUACCACUAUGGAAAUAUACGUACAAUGGCCUUUACAUUAUUGUUAUUAUUUGGUCAUUACUAUUAUUAUUAUUAUUAUUAUUAUUAUUAUACCGUAUUAUUCAUUUUUCUUUUUUUUUUUAACUCGACACUGUCAUUGAAUGUCGUUAGAGCAUAUGAUGCUAAUUUCGUACAAUCACAACUGUCAAAUCGCGAUGUCCCGAUCACGUCUUCAACGUCGGAAACGCGUGUCUCCCGAUUCCUGGGCCCGAAACGUCCGAAAUUCCGCGAAAUCGCCAAAUUUCCGCAAAUGGCCGAUGCGCUGAAAGAAUGGCUGCAUACGAGAUCCGGCGUGAUCAUGGAUCUCAGUCCGGAUGCGUUCGGUCGCUAUACGAGCGACGGCGUCAUGCUGGCUGAGAUUCUGCACAGCUAUGAUAUAAUUACUAACAAUCAGCUAAAAACCAUCAUUCGUACGUGGGAUCCUACCUUGUCCAGGGUGAACUUAAGGACCUUACGUAUCUGGUUGAAGCUCAUCAACGUCACGCUGAGCGACGAGUGCAUCGAGGAUAUCUCUAAAGUAUCACUUGCAGAAAAAGCAGUAGAGAUAGAUUAAAAUAAAA